ACAGGAGCAUCAGCAUUUUCAGCUCCUUCUAGACCUCGUCUUAGCACCAUUUCCGAUAUCAUAAUUCUCGUUCGGGCCCCUAGUGGCCAUAAUGCGUCUUGGUGAUCUAUUUCUGCUCGCCCCUCGGUGGUGUGUAUUUGUGUCUCCCAUUCGAAUCGACCUUUUGUGUUAUACUGACUUCAUCAUCACCCAUUGGCAAUUCCCUUAUGUUUGUUUCUUUGUACUGUUUGUUUGUCUUCUGAUGGUCACUUCACAUCUUCCCUCUGAUAUUGCCUCGGUGAAGCCGGGAGUAUUAUGCAGAGGCUCUCUAGCAGUGAAAGCCCGACAUAAUCUCACAAGACGCUUUUGUUUUCUUCCUCUAAUCUUCCCAUUCCAGUUCUGCCCCACUCUACCUCCUGGUAUUUAUUCCAUUCUAAUGUGGUCAUGAUGGGCUUUUUAUCAUUCGGAUAACUUCUUCGAAACAUAAUCCCCUAUUUCACGAUUUUACCUGGGGACAUUCUGGAAACAAAAAAGA